AUGCAUCCCGCACUGCCGCAACUCGCCAUCCCCUCGCACCGCUCACCGACCGCGACACCAACACCCGACGACGACUGCACUGGGACCGACUGCUACCCCUUGCUGCACAUCUACCUCGCAGACCAACCCCUGCCCACCUCGAUCUACUCACACGACGCACUCCUCGCUUCACCACCCACCUCCCUCCCGCCCUCAACUUGGGACAACCCCGCCCUCCGCGUCUUUCUCCGCCAGGGCGACAGGCGCAAGGGCGAUGUUGAGCAAACCCUCACGGACAGCUUGGACGAGCGCGAGAAGGCGAGGUUGCGCGCUUGGCUCGUACAGGGUAUCGAGGCGGGCGCGACGACGGGAGGGUCGAGUCUCGCGAGUCCGUUGGCGGCGAUGAGUCUUGCGCCUUCACCGCUGAGACCAGCCCUGUCGACCACCCAUUCCGCGCCCUCAGUCUACGCGCCCUCGUCCUCCUCCUCUUCUCGUCCCUCGAACCGCUCCUCCUCCAUCUCUUCCACCUCAACAUCCCUCACCUCCUCCAGUCUCACAACCGCCGCCUUCCGAAACCGCCAUAUCGCCUUGCAACUCGCCCACGGGAUCAACUUUUCAAAGACCUGGUGGAGGGCGACCGUGUUGAGAGAGGCGCGAGUGACCGUGUUGACGCAGCUUCCGCCGUCGAAUGUCGCGAAUGGGGGGUUGGGGCUCGAUGAGGAGGAGGAAGACGAGGAUGAGGACAUGUUUGAGGAGGCGUUGGAGACCGAUGAGGGCGCCAGCGACGAGGAGGAGGAGGAAGAAGCGGAGACGACCGAGACAGAGGUGGAUCGUGGCGGCAAUACGGGCGACGAGACCGAAGUCCCCUCCCCGAUUCACGCCGACUCAUCGUCCGAUUCGCAACCCUCGACGCCCGCCUUCAUGCCCUCCUACACCUCCCUCCCCCGUCGCCGCCUCUCAACCGACGCGCGCCCCUCCUCCCCAACCCCCUCCGAGCCCAAAUCCGAACACGACAAAUUCCCCCCGUCCGUCCAACUCGCGCGGCGGAAACUCGGUCGACGGACGACGCAGGAACGGGUCGGCGACUUUCAUGUCUCGCUCGAGGGAGCGAGGGACGCGACCAGUCUCGAGGGCAUGGCGGUCACGCUUUGGGAUGCGCCGGUUGGGAUCUUCAGGUGCAAUAGGGAUUUAUCUAUCACGCAGGCCAACCCGAAGUGGAGGGCGACGUGCAACAUCGCAGAAGGCGAAACAAACGACGCCUGGCCCUCUCGCAUCCACCCCUCGGACCGCGACCGCGUCGUCACGCACUACCUCCGCAUCGCGUCCCAACUCCCGCUCGAGCGCGACGAGCUCGAGUUUCGCUGGUUGCCCGAGGGCGGGAAGGACCAGUGGUGUCGCUGUGUGAUUGAGCCGGUGGUGAUCGAUGGGAGGAUGGAGGGGUACACGGGGAUGUUGCUCAAUAUCAACAAACACAAAGCCGCGGAAACCGCCUCCUCCCUCCGCGAACAACUCCUCCGGAACGAACUCGCCGUCCUCUCCGAAACGACUUCGACCGGGCUCGUCAAGAUCGACCUGAACGGACACUUUGUCAAGGCGAACAAGAGCUGGUAUAGGCUUGUUGGGAUCGAGGAGGGACGGGUGUUGGAUGAGUGGAUGGAGAAUAUGCAUGAGGAGGAUGCAGAGUGGGUCAAGAAAUCCUGGGCCGAGCACCUCGAAUCCCGCGAACCGUUCACGGCGAGGUUUAGGUGGAAGUGGGGAGACUACUGCCUCGUCCAGGCCGUCCUCAACAACGCCAACAAGGAGGAAGCGACAGAGUGGAUCGCGUCCGUGACCAACGUCACCGCCCAAGCCCGCGCGGAAGAAGCGAUCUUGAACGUCUCGAAGGAGCGUGAGGCGCGCGCGAAAGCCGAGGCGGAGGAGGCGGAAGAGCGAAGGAAGGUCGCGGUUGAGGAGAAGAGGCAGCAGGAGUUGUUGAUUGAUGUCACGAGUCAUGAGAUUCGGAAUCCGAUCAGCGCCAUCUUGCAGAACAGCGACUUCACCCGUUCCUCCCUCCAAAAACUCCGCGACACCCUCCUCACCCUCCAACAACGCGACGCCCUCCCCUCCGAACUCGCCGGCUCGACCCUGAACGACCUCGACGAGGACAUCGAAGCGCUCGAUGCCAUCACCGAGUGCGGCAUGGCGCAGGAACGGAUUGCGAACGAUAUCCUUGGCCUCGCGCAGAUCCAGCUCAGCAAGUACAAUAUCACGCCCGUCGAGUUUGAUUUGGCGACGAGUCUGCGCAACAUCUGCCGAAUGUUCAAGACCGAGUGCCGCAUGAAGGACAUUGAGCUCAAGCUCGUCAUCGGGUCUUCGCUCGCUCGUCUCGGACCUCGAGCUCGUGUCUUUGCCGAUCCAGCCCGCCUCACUCAAGUCCUCGUCAACCUCCUCUCCAACGCCAUCCGCUUCACCGCCAAAUCCCCCACCCGCGUUGUAACCCUCGCAGUCGAGGUCUCCGCCCAACCGCCGGACCGCGACGCGCCCCUCAUCCCGCCGCACGAAGUUGAGUACCACAUCGAUCAGCGCAAACCGGUUUAUCUGUUCUUCAGCGUGGAGGAUAGCGGGCCUGGCAUGACGGAGGAGGAGACGAGUCGGCUGUUUGCCAAGUUCAUGCAGGCAUCGCCGUUCACGCACACCACCUGGGGCGGAUCAGGACUCGGCUUGUGGAUCGCGCGCAACCUGUGCGAGUUGCAGGCCGGCCGCAUCGAAGUCGCCUCGACCGUCGGCAAAGGCUCCAUCUUCCGCUGCUUCAUCACCGCCCGCUCCGUCGACAGCGGUCCGCACGCGACUGAACGACCUCUCGCCGUUGUCGAAGGUAUCACGGGUCCGAACGCCGAGCGAGGAGCCGCCCCGAGGGUGUUCCUUAGCACGACCGGGAAGGAGGAACAGCCGCUCAAGGGGGCGGUGGUGCUCUGCUGCGAGGACAACCAGAUCAACCGGACGGUCCUGCGCAAGCAGCUGCAGAAGGAAGGCUGCGAGGUGCUCCUCGCUUGCGACGGCCAGGAAGGGCUGGAUAUCUUGAACGAGCGGCCUGCUGGACAGGUCGACUGUAUUCUGAUGGACAUCGAGAUGCCCGUGAUGGACGGUCUCGCGGCGACGAGGGCGAUCCGACAAGCCGAGCGGGAAGGGAAGCGAGCGGGACACCAGCGCAUCGUCGGCUUAACCGGCAACGCUCGUAACGCGCAACGACAGGCUGCGAUCGACGCCGGCAUGGACACGGUCAUCACCAAGCCGUACAAGGUCCCCGACCUCGUCGCCAAGAUCCGCGCCGACGUGCCCGACAGCGAGCCCGGCUCGCCCAUGCGCGCCUCGUCUCCCGGAAAUGCGGUGAACGGCACCUACACCGCCGAGGACCGCAAGGGCGAGACCGUCACGCACCUCUCGAGCGGCGCGGACAUCGAGGUCAUCUCGCCCAGCAGUCCUAUCUCAUCGCCUUCGUACAGAGAUUCGCCGAAGACGAGCGACUCGAACUCGCGGGUCGCGGACAAUGGCGCGACCGAAUCGGACUCUCGCACAGCAGACGAGGGCGCGACCGAGUCGAUGCAGCAUCACGGAGUUGGGAUGGUCUUCCCCGCCUCGCAUCCCGAAGGACGCUCGCUCAAUCGUGAGGUUUAG